UUGGAAUCCCCCCGGAGCUGCAUCGUCAUUCCACAAUGGAGGGUCUCUUCUUCAACGUUAACAGCGGCUAUGUUGAGGGCAUUGUUCGAGGAUAUCGGAACAGCCUCCUCACUGGCCAGCACUACAACAACCUGACCCAAUGCGAAACAAUAGAUGAUGUUAAACUCCAGCUCGCCCCCGCAUAUGGGGACUUCCUCGCUGCGCUUCCUCCCAACCCCUCUACCUCAGCCCUUGCCGGCAAGAUGACGGAUAAGCUGGUCGCUGAAUUCCGCUAUGUGCUCACCCAGGCCACAGGCUCGACGGCCAGAUUCCUCGAAUACCUGACUUACGGCUAUAUGAUCGAUAAUAUCGCUCUUCUCAUUACCGGUACAUUACAUGAACGUGAUACUCGUGAGCUUUUGGAGCGAUGCCACCCCUUAGGCUGGUUUGAGACUUUGCCCGUACUGUGUGUGGCCACGAACAUCGAGGAACUUUAUAACUCUGUCUUGAUUGAAACACCAUUGGCCGGCUACUUCAAGGGCAGCCUCAGCCACCAGGAUCUGGACGAAUUGAACAUCGAGAUCGUGCGCAACACCCUCUACAAGAACUAUCUCGAGGACUUCUACCAGUUCGUGAACACGCACCCAGAUUUCAAGGGCACUCCUACACAAGAGGUCAUGUCUGAACUUCUAGAGUUCGAGGCAGACCGCCGUGCGAUCAACAUCACACUGAACUCGUUCGGCACAGAGCUUUCGAAGCAGGAACGGAGAAAGCUGUACCCGGAGUUCGGUAAACUCUACCCUGAAGGCUCAUUGAUGCUUUCACGGGCCGACGACCUGGAGUCCGUGUCACUUGCUGUCAGCAUAUCGGCUGACUACAAGGCCUUCUUUGAUGCCGUUGGCCUUACUCAGGGUGCAGGUUUCGGUGGUGGUUCGGAUGGAAAGAGUCUCGAGGACAUGUUCUACCAAAAGGAAAUGGAAAUGUCAAAGGUCGUCUUCACUCGGCAGUUUACCCCGGCGGUAGUGUACGCAUGGAUGAGGUUGAAGGAGCAGGAAAUCCGAAACGUCACAUGGAUCGCGGAGUGCAUUGCGCAGCACCAGAAAGAGCGGAUUGGCAACUUCAUAUCUGUCUUCUAAGCGUUCCUUCUCUGCACUACCUAAUAUUCGAUUCAUGCGAUUCGUUCACGUGCACAAAACUUCCUUAUUACCCCGAAUUAUGUGAUUCUAUGUAUCUUUCCCUCUUCCAUAUCCUUAUCUUGUGACUAGCUUUCAGUUAUCCACUUAUGUGUUGAGCGCAUCAAACCGCCCGGCAUACAUUGCCAGUUUCUGAUCUCUUCUACUUGCCUAGGGCGUUGGGGAAUCUCGUUUUGUGCGGUAUAGUAUAGAUGAACUGAUCAUUUGCUUA